CAAAAAAGCUCGAAGAAAUUGAAACCCUAGAAAGAAAAAAAAGAAGAAAAAUCCCCAAAAAUUUCAGAGAGGAACGAUUUCAAUCUCAAUUUCAAACCAAGCCAGAAAGAAAAGCAAUUUGAUUUUUCGUUUCCGCUCUGCCUUUCUCUCACAUAGUUGAUUUACAAUUUUUUUUUUUUUUUGUUUUGUUCUGUUAUUGGUUUGUUUUCAGGGGAACGAUUAAUUAGAGUUGGAGUGGUGGGAUAUUGUGAUAGGGGAUAUUGUAGAAUCAUCAUCAUCUGUUUUUCUGGGUUUUGUGUUGAUGCUGGUGAUGUUAUCUGUGAAUUCUCUAAUGGUGGGUUUUGUCUUGUCAAAUUAGGGUUUUCAAUUUGUGUCCACUCUCUUCCUUUUUCUGUGGGCCUUUUGAUUCCUUCCUCGACGACGCUGCGAAAGCCCGACAUUACUGGUUGAAGGUGGGAUUCAGUGUGGGAAAAGAUGUCAUCACCAUAUCCCAAACUUGACAAUCGAACAAUUGAUCAGUGGAAGGUUACUGAGUUGAAAGAAGAGCUUAAGAGGCGGAAAUUGACAACCAAGGGUUUGAAGGACGAUUUGAUCAAACGUUUGGAUGAGGCAAUUCGAAUUGAAAGGGAAAAUGCCGAGAGGCUUGAAAGGGAAAAUGCCGAGCGGCUUGAAAGAGAGAAUGCCGAGAGGCUUGAAAGGGAGAAUGCCGAGAGGCUGGAAAGGGAAAAUGCUGAGAGGCUAGCAAGGGAAAAUGCUGAGAGGCUGGAAAGGGAAAUUGCCGAGAAGAUUGUGAGGGAAAAUGCCGAGAAGAAUAUAGAGGGUAAUGCUGAGAAGGUGGAUAAUGGUUUUAAUGCUGAUCCGGAGCAACAUGCAGUGGAUGCUAAAACAACUACAGGCUUCAUUGAUGGGCGGGAAAAGGCUGAAAACGUUGUCAUUGGUGGUAGUGCAGCAGCAUUGAAUCAAGGCAAUAUCGAAGAGGAUUAUGUUCUUGUGGAUAAACAUGAUACUGCUACUGUUGGAGAGGAGCUGAUUGUUCAAUCAGCUACUGUUGAAACCACUGUUACUGUCACUGAGAAUGUGGUAGAAUAUUUAGAUUUAGGUGGGCAAGGUUCACAGAACACUGAAGCAAAGAAGACGAAUGAGAAUUCAAAACCACAGCUAGAGAAUGAGGAUCCAGAGCCCCAGCUGGAGAAUGAGGAUCCAGAGCCCAUGCGGGAGAGUCUGGUUUCAAAGCCCCAGUUGGAGAAUGAGGAUCCAAAGCCCCAGCUGGAGAAUGAGGAUCCAAAGCCCCAGCUGGAGAAUGAGGAUCCAGAGCCCACGCGGGAGAGUCUGGAUUCAAAGCCCCAGUUGGAGAAUGUUGAUCCAAAGCCCCAGCUGGAGAGUGAGAGUUUAGAUGCUACACCCAAGGAUGCCGUGCUCGACUCUUCUGCCCCAAACUACCAGGUAUCUGAGGUCAGCACUGUUUUAGGGUCUGAAGUAAACUAUGAUUAUAUUUCUACUGAUACUGUGUCAAUUAAUGAAAAGAUUGAACUAAAGGAUAAUAUAAUUGCUGAUCAUGUCAAAUUAGAAUUAGAUGUUAAGCCGGAGAUGGUGGACCCAUCAUCCAGUGCUGUUGUCCCAGUCAAUGGUGAUUCACAUCCAAUGGAUGCUGAAGAGCCACCUGAGAGCAAGGCAUCUGUUAGAGAGAAAGAUGACAACUAUGAUACUAAUGCAGACAUUAGCAAGAAAAAUGAUAGUGUGGAUGUGGGGUACUCAGAAAAAUUAAAUUUGGAGAGAAGUUCUGGAGAUGAUUCUAUGGAAGAGGAUGUGCUGGACAGUAAACAAAUUGAUUCAAAGUAUAGUUCUGAUUAUGUGGGAGAUAGGGUUGAGAAAACUGAAGAACCUAUUGCAUUGGAGGAUAGUCAUGUUGAUGUUGUGGGAGAUGAUAAUUCCUCUGAUAAAAUGGAUACAAGUGUUGAUAACAAGAAUCAUCCAGCUCUUCCUGCUGAGAAAAGAAAGCUUAAUGAUAAAGCAGCAGUUGUGACCAAUGAGCCUGCUGUAAAGAGGCGCAGGUGGAACUCUGAAAACUUGAAAGUUCCAGAGCCACAAAACUCUAUUCAAACACCUACCACCACACCCAAAGAUACUUCUCAGACCCCCAUUCUGAAGCGUAACUUUUCAAGAUCAAACUCUACAAUUGGUGAGGAUAUUCCCAAGGAACGUGUUGUUCCUCCAUCGCAGAAGCCACCAACUAAUUCCUUAAAGAUUGAUCAUUUUUUGCGGCCUUUCACCCUGAAAGCUGUGCAAGAACUUCUUGGGAAAACUGGGAAGGUUACUGAUUUCUGGAUGGACCACAUUAAGACCCAUUGCUUUGUUACCUAUUCAUCUGUGGAAGAAGCCGUGGAGACACGGAAUGCUGUGUAUAACUUACAGUGGCCAACCAAUGGAGGCCGCCUCUUAGUGGCGGACUUUGUUGAUCCUCAGGAAGUACAAACCCGGGUGCAGAAUCCUCAGACUCCUGCUACACCUGUGAGUGCUCCUGUUGCUCCUGCUUUCUCAGCCACUUCGCAGCAUCAGCCUUCACCUCGUCUAUCUAAGCAGCAACUACAGCAGCAGCUUCCACCACCCCCUUCUCCCCCUCCGCCACACCUGUCUACCCUUCCCCCAGCAAGAGAGCGGCUUCCUCUGCCUCCCCCACCUCCUCUUUCAGAGAAACUUGAUCCUCCGAUUGUCACUUUGGAUGAUCUAUUUCGAAAAACUAAAGCAACCCCUCGGAUCUAUUACCUACCUUUAUCCCAAGAACAAGUAGAGGCAAAACUUGCAGCACAGGGCAGAAACCCUAAGCAGUAGGACAUGUCAGUUCACGCUCUUCAGAUUUUCUGAUGGGUUUGGUCACUGUUAGAUAGUGGUAGGGAGGGAAGUAUCCUUUGCAUUUAUUAUGGUUUUUGGUUUUUGAAUUCUCUGCUUUAUGUUUAGGGGCAUGAGGACAAGUUCAGUGUUGGAAAUUUCCGAACACUGAGCUAUCUUUAUGGAUUAAUGGAUCCAUUGUAUCUUCAUCCGACUUCACUUUAGUUGGUGGACUGUAACUUCUAUUGAACAAAUCUUUCUUACAGUUUAUGAAUGUAGGACAUGUUGAUGUUUUCCAUAAAUCUACCUCAGCCAGUCAUGUAUUGGACUUGAUCUGAGCUGCCCUAGUUUGUGCAGCUUGGUGACAUGAGUUGUGCACGCUAUACAUUUAUGGGGUGUUCCUCUUUGGUA